GUCAUGGCGGCCAUACAUGGGAAGGUGAACAAUUCGUGGCGUCUGCCAAAAUUUUUGGAGUAAAGUUUUGUCUUUUCAAUUGUUGGCGAGGUUCAUGAAGACCUCGACUCAACAGAAGGAGAUUGUCGGAUGCAUUUGUUUGGGGUUCGCUGAUUCAAUGCUUUGUUAAUUGGAUUCUCGGCAAAGUAAAAAUUGAUUUCCAAAAAAUAAAUAAAGUGGAAAUUCUGAAAGAAUUUUUGAAUUCUUCGCCAAUUAACAAUUAAUUUUAAUUCGAGAAGGAAAAAAGAACCUGAUGGAAACUUGGGCGAUUUGUACAGAAAAUCGCCUUCUUGGUCAAGACGAGCUCACGGAUUCCUACCAUCAAAAAAAUUUCAUGGUGUUUUCCAAACAACAAUCGAAGUCAAUCGACCUGAAGAAUUAAUUUUUGAAUUCUUCGCCAUUCAAUUUUUUUUCUAAACCUGAUGGACAAUCUCCUAGAAAUUCAAGAGUUUUUUAUAGAGGAAAUUUCCUUAAUUGUCAAAAGAGGCUAAUUUGGGGACGAAAAAGACAAUGAGAGUUACAACUCUACAGAAAAUGAAAAAAAUAUUGAAAAAUUAAAUUUAAAAAAAAAACAAGGAAACACUUUCGUAAUAUCAGCCACAAGUAUUCCUUAAGCGAAGUCGAUCGCCACGAAGGAUUGUCAACAAUUUCGAAUCGAAGUCCAAAUAACUAAAAAAUUUCUUACGUGGAAAAUCAUCUCGACUGUCAAAUCAGACCAUAUUACAUUGACGGAAGGAAGGCCAAAGUCGUAACGAGAUGAGAAAAAUCAUUGAAUGCGAAUUCAAAAUGAAAAUGGGACAGCAAUUUGGAAAGAAGAGACACAAGUGCGAUUCACCAGCGCUUACGAAGGAAGAAACACAAAUACGAUUCACCAGCUGUCUCACGAGAAAGAAAUGGAUUGUCAGCACUUUCAAGUCAAUCCGGAUUUGGAAAGAGAAUAGUCAUUGACUAUUCUUGACUUUUACGCAUAAAAAGUCAUUUCUACUAUCAAAUCUGGUUAUUUUGGAGCAAAAACAGAAAAUGCAAAGUAUGCAAAUUACAAAUCUGAAUGAACAAGUAGAUUUGUAAAUAGAGACACAAAUACGAUUUUCCACCGGCUUCACCAGAGUAAAUCGUGAAGAAUACUAUACUGAAAAUAGUUAAUUUGGAUUUUGAAAGACAAUGAGUCAGUGACUUGAAAUUAAAAGUCUAUUCGAGUCAAAGUAAAUCGCCAGUAGAUUCAUGAAAAAUAGUUCGAGUCAGUGCGGGUUUUUUUUUAAGUAAAAUAGUCGUUGUUUUAGUAUUAGAGUCAGUGCGGGUUAUUAAAUAUUAAUCUUGUUAAAAUUAAUUUGUCAAAUUUUUAAAAUCUCGAUUCAGUGUGAUAGGGAAAUGUGUGAACUCGAAUGGAUUACAAGACGUCUCGCAAUCUCGACUGAAGACCGGAUUGGACAGUUGGAUCAUCUACUUGCAAAGAUUCAAAGAUAUACAAUAUGAUGAUACUAGGAGUUUUGGGAAUAAUGCUUUAUGAGGAAAGUCAAUAUUUUUCCGGAGAAACACAAUUACCAGGAUCAUCAAGUUUUCUGGAGCCGGACUUUAUGUCUCCAACUGCAAUAAAACUCAGCAUCGCUUUGAUGAUCUCCUCAUCCUGCGGGAUUUUUUGCUGCUUUCUGCUUGUGUACGGCUUAAUCAAAGACCGAAGACUGUUUUUAGUGCCGUGGAUUUGUACAACAUUUGUGAGCAGUGUUGUCGACGUCUCUCAUUUUAUAUACGUCACAUUUUGCAGAAGGCCCCCAUUUGAACCGGCUGUGGCCAUGGUUCUCACACUCGCCUUUUUCCUUUUGUGCCUCAACUUGUACUCUCUCCUUUGUGUUAUUUCACAAUUUCAAGAAUACUCUGAAGGACGUGGGAGGGCAAUGGACGACAGCGAGUAUGGGGUUCCCGCAAUACGCUACACAGUUCAGCCAACAACAACAGCGACUUCAUGUUUGAGUUCUCGAAGAUUAACAACAAACAAUGAUACUAAAGUAACUGCCAUUGCAACGCCAACUCAAAGUCCCACUGCUUUGGCGACAACUCUAACAUCCGAAAAGAGUCCUAGUUCGGGAAGACAAACAAGAAAGCAUGUUCAAUUUCCAGAUACGGCAGCGACGGACGAUGAAGAAAAAUUAGAUAUCCUACCAACGAAAAAUAAUUCCGACAGAAAAAUCGAUAAAAUUGGAUUGGAUCACUUAAAUUACAAUUCGUCGGACAUUUGUAAUUUACAAAUUAAAACAUCCGAAAGAAUUCCAUUUUCCUUAAAAACAAAUGAAUAACAUAAAUAAUAAUUUCGUUUCAAUAAUAAUAAAUAAUUUUGACUCCAAAUUAAUAUUUAUGAUGAAAGUGCUCAGUUUUAAACACGGAAAAUCACCUCUUGUGAUAAAUUUUUACAAAAA